CAAAGUAGAGAAGCAAACUGCAGCCGAACAGAGGAAAACUUUUCCCGGUAAACGACGAAGUCGUUCCAAAAUGUCUUUAACGAAAUUGCAAAAAUUUUUCAAAAAAAAGUCUGUAAAGUAUUCCAUCCCUUUUCUUGUUCUUGUGGUCGGGGGGUCGUUCGGUCUUAAACAAUUCACAGAGAAUAGAUAUAGAUUUCGUAGGAAUCAGAUCCUAAGUAAAGAAGAAGCUGAAAAAUUUGGUAUUAAAAAAAAGGAUAAAAGUGAAGUCACCUUAGAAUCAGAAUUUGAAAAAGUGAAAGAGAUAAACAUCAAUAAUUGGGAGAAUAAAAGAGGACCAAGACCAUGGGAAGAAGUUACUCAGUAGACUGGUAGAAGUUAGUAGAAAUGAUGCCACAUGUGAUGCAUUCUGUCGAGGAACUAAGUGUUGUUAGAGACUUGACAAAUUGGAGUAAUUAUAAUGUUCAGUUUAUUGGCAAA